CGAUCAGCUGUACAUUGCUUUUGACAAUAUUGCAAAUUCCCUAAGUUUUUAUUAGCGAAAGUGAGUAGGAAUUCAAAAAAAGUGAAAAACAAUAUAACUGAAUGAACUAGAAAGGGUUUCAACAGCGGUAGUGUCUACAAACCAACGACAAUGGCAAAGGCGGUGAACAAUAUGGGAAUGUCAAUAGUGGAGCCGCAGGAACGGAUGCGCUUCCUAUCUAAUCACGGCAAUAUUAUAGAAGUGGACACAAACGUUCCAGUUACACGAUACUAUCGCUCUGGCACAGAAAUGCUACGCAUGGCAAAUGUUUACCUCACGGAAGGAAAUCAUGAAAACGCAUUUAUCCUUUACAUGAAGUAUAUGACAUUAUUCAUUGAGAAAAUACGUGCACAUCCUGAAUAUCCGAAAAUCAAGUCGGAAGUAAAAGUAAUCAAUAAACGUAUUAAGGAAGAAAUAAUGCCGACCACUGAGAAAUUGCGUACCAAACUACUAGAACGCUACCAAAAAGAGUAUGAACAAUUUUUAGCCAACAAAGAGGCGGAAAAAGCGCGUGAAUUGGAGCGUGAGCGUCAAAGACGUGCGACAGCUGGCGGAAGUUCUAGUGGUGGUGCAGGAGCUCAUAUACCAACUAAUCUGCAUGUUCAAAUCGAUCCAAGCAUGCAACCAAGUGCGGCUGAUUUGGGACUGUUAGAUAAGGUAGUUUAUCCAAGUGAUUUUCCAACUGGUACAAAUCGUGUCGGUUCGGGGCUGCUUUUGCCCGGUGAUGCGGACAAAGAAGGCGCAAAAUCAAUAAGCAAGCCACCCAGUUUCGAUCGUAACCAAAAGCCACAUUACGAACGGUCCGAUUCCCUACUGGCGGGCUCACUGAGGACUGUGAUCAUACCCGAGAAUACAAUGGAAGUGUUCUUGCAAUUGGCGCAAAGCAAUACUUUGAAAAACAUCGAAACUUGUGGCAUUCUAGCUGGUCAUUUGGCGCAGAACCGUUUAUUUAUCACACAUAUUAUAAUACCAAAGCAACAAGGUACACCUGAUAGCUGUAAUACAAUGAAUGAGGAAGAGAUAUUCGAUGUGCAAGAUCAACAGAAUCUUAUAACACUCGGUUGGAUUCAUACCCAUCCAAGCCAGACAGCUUUCCUCUCAUCGGUGGAUUUGCAUACACACUGUUCAUAUCAGAUGAUGAUGCCUGAGGCAAUUGCCAUUGUUUGUGCGCCAAAAUAUCAGACCACUGGUUUCUUCAUAUUAACACCUGACUAUGGUCUGGAUUAUAUUGCACAAUGCCGGCAAACAGGUUUUCAUCCACAUCCUAAUGAGCCACGACUGUAUAUGGAAUCACAGCACAUUCAGCUCGAUGCUCAAAGGAAGAUACAGGUGGUCGAUCUGCGAAGAUAGUAUGUAGAGUUUUAUGUUUGAAGAGGCCUUAUUAUAUAAUUGAAAGCAGAAAGAGGAAAAGGGUCGCCAAGCGAAUUUAAAUAGCAUUAAAUUAAAAAGUGUAAAUAAUGGCGUUUGCUUUUCUAGUUAAAAAUGUUGCAUGCAAGAAAAAUAUUAUAUUGUAGAAAAGUUUACUUUUUCACUAGGCAAACUCAGUAGAUAGCUCAAUCGUAAAAUUACCGAAGCAAUUUCCAGCUCUCUGAAUUUUUAGGGGUAAACAAUGACAGAAACAGAUUUACAAGGGGGAAAAAUAUUAAAAGCAGUUGCUAAGAAAAAAAUCACAUGCAACAUUUGUACGAGAAAAGAAGACAGCAUUAGAUAAAAGCACAUUAUUUGUAGGCAAAAUAUAUAUUUUAAAACUGAAAUAGUUCCUUUUGUAAUAAAUUUAUCAACAAUACAUACAUACACAUAUACAUAUAUUUUCUGCUUUAUGUGAGUGCGUGUUCAAUUGCAAGUGUAAGCAAAGAAUUACUUUAUUAUGCUGUAAGCAAAAACGAUUUGAAUAAAUAUUCGAGCACGCAAGAUUGGCACCAAAAUUGAUUAAAUAAAGUUGUAGUAUUAACAACCGCCCGCAUACAUAUAUGCGCAUAAUGCAGACAUAAAAAAAUACAUACAUAUUUUUAGACAUUUUUGCGCUGAAGCCGUAUAUUUAUAUGAAACCAGUUUGGUAUUUGCAACAUAAAAUUAGGCGGUUGAGGAAGUAAAGCGAAAGACCUUUAAUAUAUAUAUAAUAUAUGCUUGUUUCCAAUGGCAAAUAUUUAAACAAAAAGCUACAUAGAUGUAGAAAAAUUAAUUUUAAAUAAUUGUAACAUGCUUUAUUUACUUAUUUAUUAAUAUUUUUUGGUAUUAUGCUAGACGGUUUAGUUAGCAAUGCAUUUUGCACACAUAAAUGUGAUUCUAUUGUUGGCUUAUUUAUCAACUUGAAUUUAAGUUAAAUAAUAAAUUAAUUAAUUAAAAGUAAUACAACAUAGUUAUAAUAUAUUAAAAAAUUGAUAUAUUAAGAAAAGUUAUGCAAAAUAAGAAUAUAUUUAUUGUAUUACAUAAAAGCAAAAAAACAAAGAACACAUAAUUCAAGUAAAUAUGUAUACAAAAUAUUUAUCAAAAAUUGAGCAACAAUGACUUUAAUAAUCUAACGACUAAUGGUUACAAUAACUUAAUGUAUGACAAAGCGCUAAAUCAAAAUAAAUGAAGAAAAUGGCA